AUGGAGAAGCUGCCCCCGGCCGCCAUGAUGGAGGCUCCCCUCCCAGAUAAUCCCUGUGAGAAGCCUGAAGGAACCAUCAUGUUAUCUCUAGAUUAUAAAGAAGAUGAAGAUACCAUGCAGCGCUCUUCAGGAGAAAACUUCAUUACCUGUAAUGUACAUCCAGGACUUCACAAUGCAGAUCCAUCAAAUAAUUCUCCCAAGAAUGAGGAACUUUCUAAUGACCAAUCACAGAUUAACCCAAGUCCAAAUCUAUCAUAUAAUCAUCCUAAACAUGAGGAAUCUUCUCCUGACCAAUCACAAAUUAUUACUCCAAAUAUAAGGCAGAAACGGGGUAAAAGGUUUAAUUGUGAGAAACGUGGAAAACAGUUCAGAUAUAAGUCAGAGCUUUCUAUACACAGAAGUCACACAGGAGAGAAGCCGUAUUCAUGUUCAGAAUGUGGGAAAUGUUUUACCAAGAAAUCACAUCUUGAUAAUCAUAAAAGAAUUCACACAGGAGAGAAGCCAUAUUCAUGUUCAGAAUGUGGGAAGUGUGUUACCAAUAAAUCAAGUCUUGAUCAACACAAAAGAAUUCACACAGGAGAGAAGCCAUAUUCUUGUUCAGAAUGUGAAAAAUGCUUUAACCAGAAAUCAAUCCUUGACAAACAUAAGAGAAUCCACACAGGAGAGAAGCCAUAUUCUUGUUCGGAGUGUAGGAAAUGUUUUACCAAUAAACCAUAUCUUGAUAAUCAUAAAAGAAUUCACACAGGAGAGAAGCCAUAUUCUUGUUCGGAGUGUAGGAAAUGUUUUACCAAUAAAUCAUAUCUUAAAAAUCAUAAAAGAAUUCACACAGGAGAGAAGCCAUAUUCAUGUUCAGAAUGUGGGAAAUGUUUUACAAGUAAAACAAAUCUUAAUAUACAUCAGAGAAUUCACACAGGAGAGAAGCCAUAUUCAUGUUCAGAAUGUGGGAAAUGUUUUACCAUAAAAUCAUAUCUUGAUAAUCAUAAAAGAAUUCACACAGGAGAGAAGCCAUAUUCAUGUUCAGAAUGUGGGAAAUGUUUUACCAAGAAAUCACAUCUUGAUAAUCAUAAAAGAAUUCACACAGGAGAGAAGCCAUAUUCAUGUUCAGAAUGUGGGAAGUGUGUUACCAAUAAAUCAAGUCUUGAACAGCAUAAGAGAAUUCACACAGGAGAGAAGCCAUAUUCUUGUUCAGAAUGUGGGAAAUGUUUUAACAGGAAGUCAAGUUUUGAUCAACACAAAAGACUUCACACAGGAGAGAAGCCAUAUUCUUGUUCAGAAUGUGAGAAAUGCUUUAACCACAAAUCAAGCCUUGAUAAACAUGAGAAAAUCCACACAGGAGAGAAGCCAUUUUCAUGUUCAGAAUGUGGGAAAUGUUUUACAAGUAAAACAGAUCUUAAUAUACAUCAGAGAAUUCACACAGGAGAGAAGCCAUAUUCAUGUUCAGAAUGUGGGAAAUGUUUUACCAAGAAAUCAUAUCUUGAUAAUCAUAAAAGAAUUCACACAGGAGAGAAGCCAUAUUCAUGUUCAGAAUGUGGGAAAUGUUUUACCAAGAAAUCACAUCUUGAUAAUCAUAAAAGAAUUCACACAGGAGAGAAGCCAUAUUCAUGUUCAGAAUGUGGGAAGUGUGUUACCAAUAAAUCAAGUCUUGAACAGCAUAAGAGAAUUCACACAGGAGAGAAGCCAUAUUCUUGUUCAGAAUGUGGGAAAUGCUUUAACCACAAAUCAAGCCUUGAUAAACAUGAGAAAAUCCACACAGGAGAGAAGCCAUUUUCAUGUUCAGAAUGUGGGAAAUGUUUCACAGAAAAAAAAAGUCUUACUAUACAUCAACAAAUUCAUACAGGAGAAAAACCAUUUUCAUGUUCAGAAUGUGGGAAAUGCUUUAACCAGAAAUCAACCCUUGAUCAACAUAAUAGAAUCCACACAGGAGAGAAGCCAUAUUCAUGUUUAGAAUGUGGGAAAAGUUUCACAGAAAAAAGAAAUCUUACUACACAUCAGAGAAGUCACACAGGAGAGAAACCAUUUUCAUGUUCAGAAUGCGGGAACUGCUUUACCAAGAAAUUAAGUCUUGAUCUACAUAAGAGAAUCCACACAGGGGAGAAGAAAGACGAGACCUUGGGAAUCGUCCAACUUCUCAGGGACAUGGUGCCGGACUGUCCUGAAACAGAAGUUUCUGGGACUGACAUGGUGUCAUCCACGUCAGAGGCUCACGACAUGCUCAACCUGCAGAGAAAGAGACACUUCUGGAUGACUAUGCAUGACCGGAAGGUGCCUACGUUAUGA